AUGAGAUUGUAUGUUUUAAGGCACGGCCAAAGUGAAGUAAACCAAAGAAACAUAUUUGGGGGAUGGGUAGAUGUUCAUCUGACUGAAAAGGGUCUAGAUCAGGCCAGGAAUAGCGCCAUUCUUAUUAAAGCAUACUGUCAAUCGCAAGGUUUGGAGCUACCCAAGCUUGGUUAUACUUCCAGAUUGAUCAGAACAGAAGAGACCAUGAAUGAGAUUCUCAAAGAGUUUGGCAAACAGCCUGAAUUUCGUAUCGUCAGCGGUGAGCUACCACCGCAACAGACAUCAGAUAAUGGUAAAUUCCCAGUUUAUCAGAGCUGGAGAUUGAAUGAAAGACACUACGGUUCAUGGCAGGGUCAAAGUAAACAUAAAAUGUUGGAAGAGUAUGGUGAAGAACAGUAUAUGUAUAUCAGAAGAGAUUACCUCGGAAAACCUCCAAAAGCAGAUUUAAACAGGGAGAUGGUACAAGAUUUCGACCAAGGUGAUACAGGAUAUGAAUUUAAAGAACCAAACAGGCAUGUUAAAUAUUUGGAGGAAGAGAUUACUCAUGAUGAAUUGCCCAAUGGUGAGUCUUUGUGCGAUGUCGUUCAAAGAUUGAAACCAUUGCUUGAAAAUAUGAUUCUUCCGAACUUGAAGGAACGUGGUGACAGCCUUAUAGUCGGUCAUGGAAGCACAGUCCGUUCACUCUUAAAGAUUUUAGAAGGCAUUAGCGAUACUGACAUUAAGGAAGUCAAUAUUCCUAAUGCCAUUCCUUCAGUCAUUGAACUAGAUGAUAAUUUCAGAUUUAUUAGAAAAUUCUACUUAGACCCAGAAAGUGCCAAAGUCAAUGCAGAAUUAGUUCGCCAGGAAGGAUUCAAGGAAUAA